AUGCGUCGUCGAGUCCUAGCAACCACCUCGUUCCCUCUCGCCUCGAGCAACUCUGGCAUUCUCCCCUCUGCGCAGGCGGGAACUCGGUAUGCGGCAGGCUCGACGAAUGGACUGCAAGAUGGCGGCAUCUCGACUGCUAGCCCUUCAGCUGGACUUCCGACUCUGAACAGCUCGCUCUCUACUUCUUCUACACUCGCACCGCGAUCGAUGGCCGCCGCAAACAGUAGUCUUAACACAAACGGAAUAUUCGCAACCAUGGCUGCCAACACUAACCAGGCUUGCUGCACUAUCCCCCCUGUCAAGUCCGACUACUCACCCAAAGGCACCACCGAAAAGAUCGGCGGUCUCGAUGCCUACGUCAUUGGCCCCAAGGAUGCCAUAAAAGCCAUCGUCGUAGUUUACGACGUCUUUGGUUACUGGCCCACCACCAAACAAGGUGCCGACCUUCUCGCUGAAGCUACUAAGGCCCGUAUCGUCAUGCCCGAUUUCUUCCGAGGCAAGCCUAUCGCUCAGGAAGACUACCCUCCCAAGACCGAAGAGAAGAAGCAAAAGUUCCAAGACUUCUUCAAGUCCACCGGUGAUUUCUCCGCUCGCAAGCCUGAAGUCGAAGCUGUUGCCGAUGCGCUCAAGAAGGACGGAGCACAGAAGUUGGGUUUGAUGGGUUUCUGCUGGGGUGGUAAGAUGUCUGUGCUGGCUGGUGGAGAGGGAACUAAGUUCAAUGCUGUGGCUCAGGUUCAUCCCGCGAUGGUGGAUGCUGAGGAUGCAAAGAAGUUGACGGUACCGAUCGCUAACUUCCCCAGUAAGGAUGAGCCUAAGGAGGAUAUGGAGAAGUUUGAAGCUGAGGUACAGAAGAAGGAUAUUGCAAAGGAUAGUGUUUAUAAGUUGUACCCCGAUAGCCACCACGGUUGGGCUGCCGCUAGGGCCGAUUUGAAGGAUGAGGGCAACCUGAAGAAUUUCCAGGAUGUGUAUCAGCGUUUGGCUGAUUUCUUCAACAAGACCCUUGCUUAG